AUGGAUUAUAAGAAGAUAUCGGAUGAGGUCUCCCAGAAGGUUUUAUCCUAUCAUGAGGAUAAUUCGGGCUGGAAACCGGCCAAAUCCACCAAAGAUCUCAUUGUUUCAUGGAAACCAUCCAAUGAAUACUCAGGAAAUAUAUACCGCGGAGAAGGGAUAAUUGAAGAGGUGCCAGAGAAAGUCAUUGCAUUUAUGUAUAUUGAUGAGCACAGGAACAAGUGGGACAAAUCCUUGAAAUAUUAUUCCAUCCUAGAGCACAUUGACCAGGACACUGUGAUCUGUCAGACCAUCACACACAGUUAUGGGAUGGGGCUUAUUUCAGCCAGAGAGUUUGUGGAUCUAGUUCACAUUAGGAGGUAUGACGGAGGAGUCGUCACUACUAACUGUAUAAGUAUUGAUUAUGAAAAAUGCCCAGUGGAUUCAUCAAACAUUAGAGGCUUCAAUUACCCGACUGGAUAUAUAUGUUCACCGCUGCCUGAGAACCCGGCACAUUCCAAACUUGUAGUCUACAUCCAGCCGGAACUUGGUGGUCUUCUACCACGAUCUGUGGUGGAGUCGGCAUUACCCAGCAACGUUAUCAACCUCAUCACCGGCGCUCGGGAAGGAAUUAAAAAAAUUUUUCCAAGACGGAAACUGAAUUAUCUAUAA